GUUAUUGGGUUGUUUUUAUUUUUUGGUUGAUUAUUUUUACCGCAAUAAUUUUCAGAAAAGCCGCGAGUCGAAGUUCGAGAACUCGUCUGGCAAGUUUGGAAAGCAAACAGGAAGUUCGAGGUGGUCGUCACCGUCUCAAGUCUCAAGUCUCAAGCUGCAAUAAAAAAAAGAUGUCUGAAGCUGUGUAGCCAGACUUUCACUUGUCGCUACCGGUUUCUUGACCCUUUCAAGUUACUGUGCGUGUUGAAAUAGUGCAGUUGCUGACUUGCAACACCGAAGAAAACUUGAUUUUUUCAAAAUAUCCAGUCAAAUUUGCACCACGGAUGAAAAGAUGCAGAACUUUACAUCUGCGUCGGUUUUGCUGUGCGUGGUAGUUGGGGUGAUAUACCACAAUGCCCUCUGGUGCGGCUUUGUGUUCGACGACAUGUCGGCCAUCGUGGAAAACAAAGAUCUACGUCCGGCGACGCCCUUUUUUGAUUUGUUCCUCAAUGACUUCUGGGGUACACCGAUGUACAAGGAAAAAAGCCACAAGUCUUACCGCCCCCUGUGUGUGGCCACGUUCAGGAUGAACUACGCCCUGGGAGAGUUGGACCCCACAGGCUACCAUCUGCUCAACGUCGUCCUCCAUGCCAUCGUCUGUGUCAUGUUUAUGAAAGUGUGUUCUAUGUUUAUGUCGGAUCUGAUAAGUUUCUUGUCAGCUCUGCUCUUUGCCGUCCACCCGAUACACACAGAAGCGGUGACUGGUGUUGUGGGUAGAGCUGAGACUCUGUCAUCCAUAUUUUUCCUUGGAGCGUUUUUGUCUUAUUCCAAAGCUACAGGAUACCGGAAAAAGACUGAUUGGAAGCCUCUGCUCAUGACAGUUUUCCUGGUCACUGUGGCUAUGCUGUGCAAAGAACAGGGAAUAACUGUCAUCGGCGUUUGCUGCGUGUUCGAAAUCUUCGUUGUGCAGCGUAGCACCUUGCAGGAGCUGUGGCUCAUUUUCCGCGGCCUCCUCAGUGGAAAGGGGAGUCUGCCAAACUGGCUCAAGACGUCUAUCGUGAGGGCAGGCUUUCUCGUGUUCGGGACCACGUUCCUUCUGUUUGCCAGGAUCAAGGUCAUGGGAGCCCAGCUUCCUGUGUUUACCAAUUUUGACAACCCGGCGUCACAAGCCCCCGCCCCGGCCCGCCAGCUGACCUUCAACUACCUGCUGCCCGUCAACGCCUGGCUGCUGCUCAACCCGUCGGAGCUGUGCUGUGAUUGGACGAUGGGCACCCUGCCCCUGGUCACUUCCCUGCUGGACGCCCGCAAUGUGGCCACGCUGCUGUUUUAUGCCGGGAUGGCCGGGCUGGGAAUCUUCGCUAUCACCCAGCAGUCGAAAAGGUCUCGCACGGUUGUUAUGAGUUUGUCGCUGUUGGUUCUUCCGUUCAUCCCCGCGUCCAAUCUGUUCUUCCCCGUGGGCUUUGUGGUGGCCGAGAGGAUCCUCUACACCCCGAGUCUGGGCUUCUGCAUGCUGGUCGCUCUGGGCUUCCAAGUUUUGUACGACAGAGUCAAGUGGAAGUCGUACCAGGCUCGCAUCGCACCGAGUCAUCUCAACGCCUACCUCAAUCUGGCCAACCUGGUCUCCAAAGACCCCGCCAGACUGGACAAAGCCGAGCAGAAUGUGAACCCAGUAAACCUGUAUUAUGAUAAUCUCUACUACAGUGUACAGCCUGAUGACAUUGGUGCUCACAUAAACGUGGGACGAACCUACGUGAACCUGAACCGGAGUGCUCCGGCUGAAAAAGCCUACCUGAAAGCUAUAGACUUGUUCCCGCCCAUAAAAAAAGCUAUUGCGACAGGCCAUCACCAUGAGGGCGGACUACGUGGAGGCGUACAUUAACCUGGGGGACAUCCUGGUCAAACUUGGCAGACUUCAAGAUGCCAAGAACACGUACGAAGCAGCCAUAGCUCAUGAUCCUGUCAACGCCGACCUUUAUUACAAUACCGGAGUUGUCUUGUUGGAGCUUGGGAAACCCCUGGAAGCGAAGAAUUAUUUUGAGACGGCGAUUCGGCACAAUCCAGAGCACUGGCAAUCUCUGUACAACUCGGCCAUUCUGAUGCAAGAAGGAGGGAACCCUCGUGACAGGCCUUUGGCUUUGGAAAGGCUAGAAAAACUGAAGAAGAACAACGAAAAGGACCCAAAAGUUUACUUCAACUAUGCCAUGCUGGCAAUGGACGAAGAAAAGUUUGAAGAAGCGGAGGCUAAUUUCCGAAAGGCCAUUGAGCUGGACCCCAAGUUCCGCAGCGCGUUGUUCAACCUGGCGCUGAUGCUGGUGAAUAACCUGAAGAGGCCACUGGACGCUGUACCCCUGCUGAAGACACUGCUGGAGCAUUACCCAGACCAUGACAAAGGUUUGAUCCUGAUGGGAGAUAUCAACGUCAACGUUCUCAAGGAUUUGGACGCAGCUGAAAAGAAUUUCAACACCAUCCUUGCCCGAGACGCGACCAACGUGCAGGCGUUGCACAACCUGUGUGUGGUGUACGUGGAGAGAGGCGACCUGCUGAGGGCGGAGAAGUGCCUGGUGCAAGCCGCUCAGCUCGCCCCGAAGGCGGAGUACAUUCAGAACCAUCUGAGGAUUGUGAAGAGCAGGAUAGCCGAGAUCCGAAAGCAAAUGGCUGCCGGCCAACAAGCCAACGCUGGUCAGAAGCCGACGGGUGGAAGUCAACAGCAGACGCAGAAGACGGACAGCGGCAAACAACACGGCCAGAAAAAGACUCAACCUCCGCCGAAAGAAGACGCCGCUGCUCAGGGGAAGCCUGGGAAGAGAUGAGUCUUCAGAGCAUGAUGGUGAUGGUUGUUAUCUUGUUAACUCUCCCACGUCUAAAGAAUUGUUUUAAUGAACCCUACCUCACGGUACAAUCUACAAACUGGGCAGGUUAGUGGAGAUUGUGGUGUAGAAGAGGGUUAACUGUGUUUCGACCAUUAUUAGAGUAAUUGUCAAAGGUUUGUGUACGGUAUUGGAAUUGUUAUGUCAAAUUCUUUACUCUGCCCCCUUUGUAAAUAUUGAUGAUAACGGUUGUUUGGGGUGUUUUUCCCCCCCUGUAGGUAUGAGGCCUUUAUCAGCCUUAUAUACUGUGACUCAUAUUGUUAAUUUAUCGUAUGGUUCUUUAGGGACCGUUUUUUUUAGAUCUGAUCUCUGUGUUUGUGAGUUGUGUACGUUUUGAAAGUGCCUCAUGCUUUUUUGGGGGAGGGGUUUGGUUUCUGAGAAGUGAAGACACUAACUGAAAAAUGCUAGAAUGUUACUGUUGUUGUUAUGUUGUUGUUGUUUUGUUGGGUUCUUUUGUUGUUGUUAUGUUUUUGUUAUGUUGAUAUGGUUCAUCCCGGAAGUUGUAUAUUUGUACCUUGCAGGUGGUUGAAAGGUGCUGUAGAUAGCUCUGGUCCUUGUGUUCUGUCGCUCCUUGUAUCUUGCUAUUUCAAAUAGUUGUUUUGUUUUUGUACGGCUUUUUUCAGUUUCAGCAUUCAUUUAUCAACUGCUGAUUGGAUCUCUUUCGUUUGUCGAGUGUAAGUUGUUUUUGUGGGUUUUUUUGGGGGGGGGGGUGGUGUUGGGUGUUUUUUAAAAGACAUUUUCGCCAUUUCCUGCCACAGUGGGACCAUACAUAUAUAUAAGAUUUGUGAAUGUUCUUUUCUGAUAGGUUGGAUGGAUAGUGUUUGUCUAGACCCACGGAGACAAAAUGACGAAACAAAUAUAUGUGAGGUGUGCUGACAAAAUGAGUUGCUUUGGGGAUUCAAGCCUUAAGGAAAUAGAUACAUCGCGCUUAUAGCUGGAGUUUUUACAAUAUAUAUAAGUAUGAAAUAAUAAAAGAUGGGUUAUAGUUAAAAAAUGUGGCUUCAAUAGAAAAUCUACAAAUUUGACCCUAAUGUCGAUUUUGGGCCAAUAUCUCCAUUUGUGGAUUGCGAGAAGUAACUGAUUGUGUCUGCACGCCCCACAUAUAUUUUCACCGAUAACAAAGCGAUGAAGGCUGUUCUAAAAAAUUCUGUUGUUGUAAUAUUUUGGAACACAUUUGGGUUUCUGCAGAUGACCCUGCUGUUAUACUUCUACACCUUGAUUUUUGUAGCAGCUUUGUGCCAAAGCUAUAUAUAGAAUAUGUCAUUUGGGCUCGAAAUAUAUGAAUGUGAAUUAACACUUAUAUAUAUAUAUAUAUAUGAAGGCCAAUACAGAUAAAUAUAUCAUAUAUGUAUUUAUAAUUUAUUUUGAAAUUAUUGUACGUGUUCAGCUCCAAACAAGUUUCUUUCAGACUGUUAGUGAGAAACUGAAAUUAUUUUAGAGGUCUUCAGUGUACGACAAAUACAUCAAGGGUUUUUUUUAGGGGAGGGGGGAGCUACAAAGGAUGUCUGCACUUGAUGAACUAAAAAGAGAGUGUCAAAAACAGUGCCAAGUUUUUAAUUGUUUUGUUUUCUCGCUUUCAGUCCCAGCUCUAUGUUGUUUUAUGAUUGUACGAUCUCUUUGUUUUCCUGCUAUAUAUGUGGUGAGAUGCUGGUUCUGUUUCUGUGUUUUUCACCAUUUUUUAUUUUUUUAUUUAUUUAUUUUUUGGGGGGGUCUCGUGUCCUGGUUUUGGGCCCGUAUUUGUUGGUUACGUAAGAAUGUACAGACAUGGUGCAAAUUGUUAUAAGAUAAGAUAAGAUAAGAUAGUGCUUUAUUAUCCCAGAGGGAAAUUUUCCUUGGCUGUUUUCUAGAGAAACGAAACAAGGUAAAAGAGGAAUUGUUAAGUCGGUAAUGAUGAUGAUGGUGACGGUAAUAGUAAUUGUGAUGGUGAUCAUGAGGAUGAUUAUUUAUGUUGGCGAUGAUGAUGUUCUGUUCCUGUGUGUUUCAGCGUGUACUUUCUUAGCUGGUGUGUGCCUCUCUUGAACUCCCCAACAUUGUUGGAGUUGGAGGCAGUUCUGCGUGAACUUGUGGCGUUUUUGUGUACGUGAAAUGUCCAUUUCGUGAUCUUGUGGCGUUUUUGUGUGGGUGAAAUGUCCAUUUCGUGAUCUUGUGGCGUUUUUGUGUGGGUGAAAUGUCCAUUUCGUGAUCUUGUGGCGUUUUUGUGUGGGUGAAAUGUCUAUAGUGUGAAUUUGCGGCGUUUUUGUGUCCGUGGUAUCCGACUGUGCUUCCCUCUUUUCUGUGAGCCUGUCAGGUUGUCAGUAUUAAUUUAUUAUGCAGACUUUCCAGCCUUCCUUAUUUUGUAGGGAAAUUCCUGAAUUAUUCAGACUGCCUUUCCCUAGGUCUCAAUAAAUUUUCCCUAUUGUUUGAGCCAUAGUGGAACAUCUAUUUUCUCUCUUUAACUUGCUGACAGAGUGAUUUUAUUGGUGAAUAAAAACAUGAAUGAAGUGUGAUCCACCAUGUCUACUAAAACAGUCGUACUGUUAAAGUGUAUAGAGAGAUGUGAGUAUUUCGUUAUGGGUAAAAGGGUUCCGCGUGCAUUUUCCCUCUUUCUGCCUUGAAAAAGUAGGGAUUUUCCCAACUUCUGUCUGUGGGAGGUUGGCAGGUCUGUAUUAUGGUGUUAUGCUUCCUGGCAACUGAAACUGAAAUGUAUAAAAUGUAAUUGUUGAACUUUUUUU